UUCUAUAAGCAAAUAAAAGAAAGGAGAGAGAGAGAGAUCGGUAGGAGGGAGAGAGAUCUAAGAGAAACGGGACGCAACAUACCGAAAAUUGACACAGCGGCUCUCCCUCUCCGAUUAGAUCGGACCCCCUAUCUGCAAAUUAAUUAGGGUUUAUGUUGAUUUUGUUCGAAAUUUUAAAACAAUUUCCUCGGUCAUGCAUAUCUUCUGAAUGAUUAUAUAUUGUGUAUAAAACCCCAUUCCGGAUCCCUAUUUUGGCAAGUUGGGUCAUCCGUUUGAGGUUGUGAUUGCUUCUAGGGUUGUGUUUUGAUUGAAUGGCGUCGGAUCAGAUGUUGCCUAAUUCGAGCAAUUCAUCGAAGAAACAACAACAAUUGGAAGCUGGAAAGAGAAGGCUAGAGGAGUUCCGUAAGAAGAAAGCAGCAGCCAAAAAAGCUGCAUCCAGCAAUGCGGCUCCUUCUGCUAAUGGAGAUCUACAUGAGACGAAAUCUUCAGUUUCUGAUACUGUUGCGGUAGCAGAUGGUACAAAUGAUGUUGGUGUUGGAAAAAAUGAAAACAAAACAAUAGAUGUUCAUGAAACUGAACCUCAUUCCAUGUAUGCUAUACAUGCGAAUCCUAUAAGCAGUUCCAAUAAACAUUCUACAAGUCCAGGGCAGACAUAUUCAGUUGAUAAAAAGUUGGAGCAUGAUGCACUUUAUGGCUCAGGUAGUGAUCUUCUUGCUCCUCAGGAGUUGAAGAAUGCCAAGCUUAAUGCCGAAUAUGCAGUGGACAUUGAAAAAAGUAGAACAUUUGAUCACCCAGAAGAAGAUGUUCAUAGCAGUUUCAAUCAUUUUAGUAAUACAAGGCUGGAAGAUGCCCUUAAAAAUAGUAGAAAUGAUCAUUUGAAGGAUUUUACUUCUACAAUUCCUGUUACGUCUCAAGUUCCUGUUACCAAGUCUUCUCCUGAGAGAUCUCUUGGUACUUCAUUUGCUAACAGCUCAAGUCAAACCGAUCUACUAGCUAAUGGCCCAACUUACCGAGAUUAUUCCUCUGAAGUUGGGAAAUCUCCAGAAGUUGUGUUGGGGCAUCGCUAUCCUUCAGUUUCUGCAGUGGGCGAUAGGAACCAUAAUAACCUUGUUGAUCAUCCUGCCAGUGAAAACAGCUCAUCUUUUACUGUAUCUACAAGCUUCAGAACUGAAGCAGUACCCUCACAUAAUCAGACGUCCAUGUCGCCAUCCGUAGCUGGAAGAAGAUCUCGUCCAUCUUUCCUGGAUUCCAUCGUGUCUAGAAAUUCUUCGACAUCUCUUUCAGAGGCAGAUAAAGCCAACCCAUUCAGUUCAAAAGUUUACCCUGUGGAGGCUCCUGUUUCAUCGGAUCCUAAAAAUUUCAUGAACUCUUCUAUUGCUAACAUGGGUGACCUGUUUAGGCAGGGUGUCAAUGAACUUGAUAUGGAGAGGAGGAAUAAUUUUCAUUCUACAAAACAGAAUGAAGAUUUUGCUGCUUUGGAACAGCAUAUUGAAGACCUGACACAGGAAAAGUUCUCUUUGCAACGAGCUCUUGAGGCAUCUCAAGUUCUGGCAGAGUCUUUAGCCACUGAAAACUCAGCACUGACUGAUAGUUAUAACCAACAGGGAGGUGUUGUCAACCAAUUGAAGUCUGAUAUGGAGAGAUUGCAGGAAGAAAUCAAGGGUCUACUGGUGGAACUUGAGGCUGUGAGGUCCGAGUAUGGAAAUGCCCGAUUAGAAUGUAAUGCGGCUGAUGAACGUGCCAAGUUGUUGGCCUCUGAGGUUAUUGGGUUAGAAGAGAAGGCACUUAGACUGAGGUCUAAUGAGCUAAAACUGGAGAGACAAUUGGAAAACUUGGAAGCAGAAAUGUCCUCACAGAAGAGAAGAAUAUCUAGCCUGGAGAAGGAGCGCCAAGAUCUGCAGUUCACUAUUGAUGCUCUACAAGAAGAGAAAAAACUCUUGCAAUCUAAGCUGCGGAAAGCUCCUGGCAUUGGGAAUUCGGUGGAUACUAAGAAGAGUCAGCCUGCUAAAAAGGAAGCAUCAACUUCUACAGAUGAUCUUGUAAAUGAGAGUGAAGACCCUACACCUGCAAUACAAUCAACUCUUGGUGAAAAUGAUGCCUCCUUGCAGUUACAAAGUGGGAAUUUUGGUCUGGAAGUUUCAUCGUUGAGUAUACCUCCAGAUCAGAUGAGAAUGAUCCAAAACAUUAACACAUUAAUUUCCGAGUUAGCAAUGGAAAAAGAAGAGUUGACGCAAGCGUUGUCAACUGAAUCAUCGCUAUGUUCAAAGUUGAAGAAUUUGAACAAGGAACUAUCCCAUAAACUUGAAGUUCAAACACAAAGAUUAGAGCUGUUGACUUCUCAGAGUAUGGUGGCUGAUAAUAUCCCAGUUAGAAAGUCUCCUCCUCGUACCGUGGUUGACAAUACUCCCUAUGCCGAUGAAGGCGAUGAGGUGGUCGAAAGAGUUCUAGGAUGGAUAAUGAAGCUCUUUCCGGGAGGGCCGUCGAAGCGGCAAACAAAGCAUCUUUGAGCCCCAACUGCUCAAAAAAGCCGUCACCGAAGUUCACAUAUUUUCCAUUAGAUGGUCAUCACAAUUACAUUUGAUGGUCAUGUUGGAGGUGCAAUUUUCUAUCUAGGGAAAUCCUGGCAAACACAGUGGAUGUGAAAUAAUGCAAAUUAAGGGGGAUGGAUAUACUGCACUGAAGAAGAGACUGUAAAAUCAAAAGCUUUUAUUAUUUUUCUUUUUCUUUUUCUUUUUUCUAUUUCUAUUAAAAUAUUAUAUUUUCUUUCUUUUUUGAGUUACACAGGUAUGUUGGUAAUUUUUUUUGGUUAUGUUCAUAAUGUAUUACUGCGAGUGCCUGAUCUGGAAUAUGGUCAUUCUUCUGUUAAAAUUGUAAAAAAGAGGUUAUGUUUUUUCUUUUGAAUGUUGGGAAUACAUAACCCAUUCUUAAUCUUCUAA